UGCUUCUGGGAAGUUUACGAUGAAAAAAAAGUAAUUUACUUCACUUCUUCUUGGACUCUUGGCUGCAUCCAAGGAACUCCAGUGCUCAGAUCUUAGCGUUUUAACUGGGGACGUUAGAGACAAUGUCGGAUUCUACAGAAGAUUCCCGUGACAAUCAGGCCCGGCGACUAAGAAGCUUACUGAAGGGAAGGUUAAGUCAAGAAACUGCCCUGAAGCUUAUUGAUGACUUCGAAGGGGAGCAAGGAGCCCUUCAUUUUGUCUUGAAUGGCGCGGAGCAGGAAGUCCAAGAAUACCUGAACAAGGACCCUAACUACACAAAAUCAAUGACCGUUGACGCCCAGUUUGUGGCGUCUGAGCUGGACACUGAGAAUGAAACAACAGUACGACAGUUUGCUUGCAGUGACUGUAAGAGAGCUUGGUGGAUGAAAGUACCAAUAAGAAAACAGGUGUCAUCUUGUAGGAUAUGUCUUAAAAAGUAUGAUCCUAUUCGUAGAGACAAAGAAUGGGGGAUAGGAAAGUUUAUUUGUGACUGUGGCAAUCAGUUUGCUGGUUUUGGCGAGAUGAAUGUGACGUCAAGCGAAUGCUACAAGUGUAACAAGAUGGUGCCUAUCAAACAUAUGCUCAGACCAAGGCGUAACAGAGGAAGAAAGACUACCGCGCCUCACUCAUGUAAUGGUGUGGACUGUUUUAGCAAGGAUUGUACAAGGCACAGAGAUAAGUCUGAGAAAGGCGAUGGCUGUGAUGAUGACGACAAUUCACCGGUGUGCGUUCAUCCAAAGACUGGACAGAAGAUCCUGACGUACAGCGAGCCCCACGUUAGCACGGGGUCAACUGUCACCACGUUUACACGACAAGAGAGUCUGGACAGUAUUAAUGAAGGUCCAUCUAGGCGCCUGCAUGAUAUCAAUGAGUCUGAUUGAAAUAUAUCGAUUGACGAAUUGGAUUUAUUUGACAUUUUCAUUGUCAAUAAAAACAUUUAAUUUUUCAUGUAACAGAAAGUAAACUAUUUAUGAAUUAUUUCCCCUUCAUUUAUUCCCAUAGACAUAAAUAAAUAUAGACUGGCCGAAGGAUGUAACUUCAUGUAACUUGAAAACAUGUAUAUCUAUUGUAUUCGGAUUUCCGAAUUAUGAAAAAUUGCAUGAUCUUCACUCUUGGAGAUUAAACAAAACUACACUGCCUCCUUAUUUACAGUAGAUAUAUAUAUAGGUGUGUAGCUGAAAUAGAUAUGAAUACUUAACUUUUAUACUGCUCAUAAAUGCUGUAUAAUGCUGUAUAAUAAAGUACACAAAAUUGCAAGUCACAAAGUUUCGUUUCAUAAAACUCUUUAAUCGGCCAGUCUAUAUUUAUUUAUGUCUAUGUUUAUUUCAUAUUAAUAAUUAAUUUAAAUAAUUUUUUUUUUUACAUUUUUUUUCUAUUCUUUGUUUCAAAUGUUUUAAAGCAUGAUUAGGUAAUAUUUUGGUAAUCUGAGGUAUCGAAUUGAUUAAUUGCAUUCAAAACAUUUCAUUUCGCCAGGAGUCUAAAUACUUUAGAGAUUUAAUAAUUAUCAGUCUAAAAUUAGAAUAAUACUAAAUUGGCAAUAACACAGGCGUUUCAAUGUUAAAAAGAAGAAUUGUUUUUCAGUAUGGACAAAAGAAUAUAACUUCUAUACAUUAUAGCAGAAUAUGGAAAUUGUGUCUCAAACUAACGAUACACAUAAUGAAAUAGUGAACAGCAAAGUGAUGUUUCAAUGGGCUUUCGUUGUGCUUAUGUAUAUUUUGACAUUGCAGUGAAGGUGUCAUAUAUCGGUUUGAGUUUUUUUUUCAAAUAGUACAAUUUUUAAAACAUUAUUUAAUAGCUCAGGAAACUUGGAGUCCCGGGUUCAAAUCCUGGUGAAGACUUUUUUGGGGGGAUCCUUGUGCUUUAAUGGGUACCUGACAUUAGAUGGGGAAAAGGUAAAGGCGAUUGGUCGUAUGUCGUUGUGCUGGCCACAUGACACCCUCAUUAACCGAAGGCCACAGAAACAGAUGACCUUUACAUCAUCUGCCCAUCAUCAUCAUCACUAGGUCUGAAAGAAAUGCACAUUUAACAAAACAAUGUAGGCCAGUGAAACGAUAUUUGAUGGAUUUAAGUGAAUGAAUGUAGGUUAGGGAUAAAGGUCGAGGCUCUGCGCGGGCUUUUAUGUUAGCGGCUGAUAUUCUACAAGUCUCUGCCAAUCUUAUGUACUGGCCAGUAUUUGUGUCUCUUACAAUAUUGCUAUUACAUAGGCCCUACUGCUAUUGAAUUUAUUUGUUAGUAUUUCUUUGAUAUUUCAUUGCUUUUUUUUAAAAUAAUUUUAACUUUCGGAUUUUGUCUCUUGUUGUUGACUAAAAUAGUUUUAUAUGGGCCGACGAUUUGGACUCUUUGAUUUUGGACUCUAAACAGAAUUUUCAAAAACAGAAUGUGACAUACUUUUUUAAAGAUUAAUUGACCGAUAAAACUUUUGUUGUUUAAAUUUUUUCUUCACAUUUUAGUUAAACCUUUGUAGAAAAAAAAGAAAAGCUAAGUGAAAAAACAAAAGUUUUACAGUAAACUAAAAUCUAAAAGGUUUCAUUUAAAUAAAAAAAAAGUAUUGAUAUUAUCGAGAGUCGAUCAUUGUCAGCAGGACAAGAAAGGAGAAAAAAAGAUGUUAUUAGUUUUGUGUCUUCUGUCUGUCCGUCAGUCUUUAUGUAUGCAAGGUUUAUAUCUAAACCUAAAAAACUAAAUGCGUUACAGAAAAUCAGAUUUCAUAUUUUUAACGGCUACUUUUUUAAACAUUUGUCUAACCUACUUUUUUUUCUAAAUAUAAAUUAUAUAUUUAUAAUAUGGCGAACCCAAAAAGACCUCCUACGAGUUUGUGUUGCAACACAAACUACUUUUUCUUUAUCUUGUAUUUUUAUUUUAUUUUUUUCUUUUGGUGAUAAAAUAUGUACAUUGUGAUCGGAUGUCGGGUUUGAUGUUGUGUAAUAUUCCAUUAGCUUUGUUAAAUAUACAUUCAAUUGACUGAUAUAUUAUUUGUUAAUAUUUGACAAUACCUAUUGUGAUGUAUGAAAUUAAAAUAAUAAAAAUAGAAUAGAAUAACA